UUAUCUGGCACCCCUUUUAACAAGAGCCUAAAACAGUAGAAAAGGAAGCAUCACCCAUCUCAUAUCCUCCUCAUAAUGAACAAUUUAUCAUGUGGAGAGGGCGCUUUAAGUUACCAGUUAACCGGGGGGGUGUAUGAAUAAUUUGUUGCACCAGUUGUCACUCGAUGCCAUGCUGAGUGAAAAGUCCAAGCACACCCACAGAACAAAUGGUUUAUCCAAGCUGCUGUAUCAGACUGAACAGUCCUCUAAAAUUGCCUGUGAUUUUCACUCCAGGAUGGAUCUCACAGACAACAUCGCUCCCAUUUGGACAAAUUACUUGGGGGAACAAUCUCUGCUGCAGCCUUUUUGGGACACCCUGAGGCUCAACUACAGAGACUACUUGAGAUCUCCGCUCUUCCCCAUUGUAGUGACGGUCUCUUCCUAUUUCAUCCUCUGCAUCCCUUAUCUUGUUUGUGACAUGAUGGGGGACCGGUGGCCGUGGGUCCAGCAGUUCAAGAUACAACCAAGCUAUCAKCCGACAACUUCCACUUUGCUGCACUGCACAGGUGUCACCUUGUACAACCAUGUGUUUCUUGUGCUCCCGGCAUCCAUCGCCCAGUGGAUGUGGAGACCACCUGUGGACCUGCCAGACCAGGCGCCCACCCUGCUGGAGCUGAUUGCUGGUGUGAUAGGCAACCUCCUGCUCUUUGACUUCCAGUACUUUAUUUGGCACCUGCUGCAUCACAGGGUCCGCUGGUUGUACGCCACCUUCCAUGCCAUCCACCACAAGUACUCCUCUCCCUUUUCUCUCGCCACCCAGUGUCUGGGCGGCUGGGAGCUGGUCACAGUGGGGUUUUGGACAACAAUAAAUCCUCUGAUCCUGAGAUCUCAUUUACUCACCACGUGGACCUUUAUGAUAGUACAUGUGUACGUUUCAGUAGAGGAUCACUGUGGCUACGAUUUCCCCUGGUCCACAUCGCGUGUGAUUCCCUUCGGCAUAUAUGGAGGACCGAGCAAGCAUGAUGUGCACCACCAGAAACCCAACACUAACUUUGCUCCCCAUUUCAGUCACUGGGACAAAAUAUUUGGCACACAUGCUGACUUCAGUUUCUGUAAUACUAAAACUUAAGGUGUGUUUGAUAAUCGUGUGCUAAGAUGUGGCUGUUCUCUUCUAAAAUCAACAUAUAAAUGCAUGCAUGAAAUUGUGAACAUUACACAAAAUGUUACAUAGUCUAUUUUCUUUCAUUUAAAUCAAACAUAUUGUUGAGAUCAUCCUAAUAAAUAAAUAUAUUUCUCUCAAUUUGACUGUCUUUUUAAACAUUAAAAUCCAUCUUGAGCCUCAGAC